UUUUUUUUAAAAGUCAACCCAAACUAACUUCAAAAUAAAAAAGUUUUGUGUUUAAACAAACUUUUUGUUUUUUGUUGAACAAGUUAUUGGAUAAAAAACAKCACAAAAAAUAAUAAUAAUAAUAAAUAUGUGUCCGAAAAGCAAUUAUCUAACGGCUCUACUGAUAGCCAGUUCCCUACUGGUGUUGUUGUUGUCACCGACCACUGUCGUCCRCGCUUACGGCGGUGGUGUCAGUGGCCAAAAACUGUCGCCACCCGAUGCCGUACGCACCUGUGACCCGAUCAAAAUUGAACUGUGCAAAGGUAUCGGCUAUAAUGUGACGGCAAUGCCCAAUAUGGUUGGCCACGAGUUGCAAACCGAUGCCGAACUACAGCUGCAGACAUUCAAUCCGCUAAUUCAUGUCCAGUGUUCAACACAAUUGCGAUUUUUUCUCUGUUCGGUCUAUACGCCGAUGUGUACCGAAAAAUUACCGUUCAAUAUCGGUCCGUGUAGGCCACUGUGCGAAUCGGUUAGAUUGCGAUGCGAACCGGUAUUACUCGAGUUYGGWUUCAAUUGGCCCGAACAGCUUGAAUGUCAAAAAUUUCCYGCCGAAAACAAUCUCAUGACAAUGUGUAUGGAAGGACCCGAACUGGCCCAACACGAACGUAUGCCGCCGUUGUCGCCAUUGAAUAUCUAUCCGCCAAUGACUGGCAUGACUGGUGGUGGCGGCGGUAUUGGUUCAGGUGGUAUGGUUGGUGGUGGUGUUGGCGGCGGCGCCGGCAUCGGUAGUGGUGGUCAGCAGCCGGUUAUCACUAAUCCGUUUAGUCAACCGCAAGUACCGCCUCAGUCGCAGCCACCGCAACGCAAACACAAGAACAAGAAUAAGCCGCCGAGUGGUGUCMUCCACCAGAAUCCGGCGGUUGUCAUACCAGUGGUUAACGGCGGGGUCGUCGUCGGCGGCGGACCACCGAUGAUGCAUCGGCCGAUUCUUACCGGAUCAGGUGGUACACAGCAGCCAUCCAUCACUGCCGUCGGACUGCCGCCAGUGGUAGUGGCGGCCGGCGAUACUGCACGCAAACAUCACUACAAUCUUUGUUUGGACUAUAAAUACUUUGACCAAUACUACUAUAUUAACCGAACCGAACGGUGCGCCCAUAACUGUUCGGCGGAUAUAUUGUUUACCAACGAUAACAAACAGUUUGCCAGCGCCUGGACAGCCAUUUGGGCCGCACUGUGCUUCCUGUCGACACUGUUUACGAUAAGUACAUUCCUGAUGGACUCRUCCGGCUUCAGAUACCCUGAACGGGCCAUCAUAUUCAUGGCCGCAAACUAUUGUGUAUUUUCUUGUGCUUAUAUCUAUCGGCUGAUUGCCGGCCGUUCGGACGUGUCGUGUCAUAUGGACAGCCAACACAACGUACCCAUACUCAUACAGGAAGGACUCGACAAUGUCAACUGUACCAUUGUUUUUGUGUUGCUAUACUUUUUCGGUAUGGCUUCGGCUGUCUGGUGGCUAAUAUUGGCCAUCACUUGGUUUAUGGCUGUUGGCCUCCGAUGGCCAGCCGAUCGAAUCGACUCAAAGUAUACUGUAUUUCAUUUCUUUGCCUGGAUAUUGCCGGCCCUGAAGACCAUAGCCAUACUGGUUAUGCGUGUCGUCGAUGCCGACGAACUGACCGGUACCUGCUAUGUUGGCAAUCAAUCGCUGACCACUUUGCUAUACUUUGUUAUUGUACCGUCGGCACUGUAUCUAUCGUUGGGCGCCGUAUUUCUCAUAGCCGGUCUUAUAUGCAAACUGGCCAACAACAACAAUCAAAAGUCCCAGUGCUGCCGAACAUGUAUUAUACCUAAUCGGCAGCGACACGGUUCCCAUCACUCGACAUCAACUAACUGUUCCCAUGCCUCGCAUCCGUAUCCAUUGCUAAGCGGCAGUCAUCAGACAACCACACAGGGAUCGGUAGGGCCGGGCAGCUGUCACAGUAAGGGUACAACUAUAUGUACGGGAGUUAUGGUCAACGGCGGACARUUGGGCGUCUAUCAGCAGCAGCAGCCGGACAGCGAUAAGCUGACCGUACGGGUCGGCAUAUUUGCMAUGUUCUAUACGUUGCCGGCUUUCUGUGUAUUGGCCGCCAAUAUCUACGAAUAUUUUAGCCGAAAYUCGUGGUAUUUGAUGACCAACGGCCAGAUYGUUGUCGACGACAGGCCUAAUGUGGAAAUAUUUACAUUGAAGAUCUUCAUGUCGCUGGUCAUCGGUAUYAAAACUGGUCUGUGGUUGUGGUCAAAUAAGACACCGUUUGUUACCUGGAAGACUGUUGGCCGCCGAUUGGUCCAAAAGAAACAGCCGCUACCGCUCUAUCUGCAGGCGGCUAACGGUGGUAUCGGCGGCGGCGGCGGUGGUAUUGCUGCACACAAACAGGCGCUCAUACCUAAUGGCAACCAUAACGGCGGCUUCAAUGGCUGCGGCGGCAGCGGUAAGCGGACACGUGUUAAGAGUGGCAAUGAGACAACCGUUUAAGUGUUAUUUGGUAUACAAUUURAAAAAAGCAUUUUUUUAAUAACUUAUUUAUUUUAUUUUAUUUUUUUWAAUAAUAAUAUUAG